AUGCAUUCCACCUCUUUUAGUCUUCCUGUCUGUUUCUUUUUUACCCUUCCCUAUCUGUCCUUUUGUAUUUCCUUGCAUUUUCCUCCUUCUAGCCUCCUUCUUUCUUCCAUUUCUCAUCUUUCCAUCAUCUUUUUCAUUUUUUUCAGUCUUUCUUCCAUUUCUCUUCUGUUAGCCUCCCAUCAUGUCUUGCCUGCAUUUCAUUUUUUUUUAGUCUUCCUCUUCUGCAUUUCUUUCUUACAGCUUUUUUUUGCCUCAUGUCUUUCUUUCUUGCAUUUCUCUUCUGUUAGCCACUCCCAUCAUGUCUUGUCUGCAUUUAUCUUUUUUUUUAGUUCUUUCUUGCAUUUCUUUUUUUUUAUCUUCUGCUUUUUUUCAUUUUUUUCUUUCUUGCAUUUCUUUUUUUUUUUUUCCUUGCCUGCAUUUCAUUUUUUUUUUAGUCUAACUUGCAUUUAUCUUCUGCUUUCUUUCUUGCAUUUCAUUUUUUCAGUCUUUCAUUUUCAGUCUUUCUUGCAUUUCUCUUCUUCUUCCUUUUUUCAUUUUUUCAGUCUUUCUUGCAUUCUCUUUCUGUUAGCUUCACUCCCAUCAUGUCUUGCCUGCAUUUCAUUUUUUUUAUCUAACUUAAUUUUCUUCCUUUCUUGCAUUUCAUUUUUUUUCCCAUGUCUUUUUUCAGUCUUUCUUGCUCUUCUGUUAGCCAUUUCUUGCUGCAUUUCUUUUUUAUCUAACUUGUAUUUAUCUUCUUUUUUCCAUUUCUUUCUUGCAUUUUUUUUUUCUAACCUUUUCAUUUUUCUUCUUUCUUGCAUUUCUUUUUCCAUUUUGCCUGCAUUUUCAUUUUUUUUAUCUAACUUGCAUUUAUCUUCUGCUUUUUUCCAUUUCUUUCUUUCAUUUCUUUUUUUUUUAGCCUCCCAUAAUGUCUUCCCUGCAUUUCAUUUUUUUUUCUUUCUUUUCAUUUCUUUCUCCACCCCAUCAUGUCUUUUUUUAGUUUGUGCUUUUUCCAUUUCUUUCUUGCAUUUUUUUUUAGCCUCCCAUAAUGUCUUCCCUGCAUUUUUUUUCAGUCUUUUCUUGCAUUUCUCUUCUGUUAGCCAAAUUUCCCAUCAUGUCUUGCCUGCAUUUCAUUUUUUUUCAUUUUUUCUUGCAUUUCCUUUCUUUCUUGCAUUUCUUUUUUUAGCCUCCCAUAAUUCUUCCCUGCAUUUCAUUUUUUCAUUUCUUUAUUCUUUUCCAUGUCUUUCUUUUUUUUCAUUUUUUUUUUUUUUAGUCCUCCCCCAUAAUGUCUUCCCUGCAUUUCAUUUUUUUCAGUCUUUCUUGUAUUUCUCUUCUCCAACCCAUAAUGUCUUCCCUGCAUUUCAUUUUUUCAGUCUUUUCUUCCCUUUUUUCCAUUUCUCUUUUCUUUUAGCCAAUUCCAUCAUUCUAACUUGCAUUUAUCUUCUGCUUUUUUCCAUUUCUUUCUUGCAUUUCUUUUUUUUAGCCUCCCAUAAUGUCUUCCCUGCAUUUCAUUUUUUUAGUCUUUCUUGCAUUUUUCUUCUGUUAGCCACCCCAUCAUUUUUUUCUUCCAUUUUUCUUCUGUUAGCCUCCCAUCAUGUCUUGCCUGCAUUUCAUUUUUUUUUUCAGUCUUCUUUUUUCUCUUUUUCUCAUCAUCCUCCAUCAUGUCUUGCCUGCAUUUCAUUUUUUCAGUCUUCCUUGCAUAUCUCUUCUUACAGCUUCUCAUCAUGUCUUGCCCGCAUUUCAUUUUUUUUUAGUCAUUGCAUUUAUCUUCUGCCCCAUGUCUUUCCCUGCAUUUCAUUUUUAGUCUUCCUUGCAUUUCUUCCCCCUCCCAUCUUUUUUUUUUUUCAGUCUUUCUUGCAUUUCUCUUCUGUUAGCCCCCCCCCAUCAUGUCUUGCCUGCAUUUCAUUUUUUUGUCUUUCUUUAUCUUUUUUUUUCCAUUCUUUCUUGUUAGCCUCCCCUCCCAUAAUGUCCCUGCAUCAUGUUUCUUGCCUCAUUCUAACUUGCAUUUAUCUUCUGCUUUUUUCCAUUUCUUUCUUGCAUUUCUUUUUUUUAGCCUCCCAUAAUGUCUUCCUUGCAUUUCAUUUUUUUAGUCUUCCUUGCAUUUCUCUUCUUCUAACUUGCAUUUAUUUUUUGUCUUCUUUUCUCUUCUUUCUUUCAUUUCUUUCAUUUUUUAGCCUCCCAUAA